CACCCACAACGAUAGACACAGGAAAAUGUCCAGACUACAUGUUGGCAUGCUUUCGGCACGAUAGGUCAGGUCACACAUAAAACCCAAAGUCCCGGGACCCACAGUUCCAUCCCUGCAGGGCUAGAGUCCCACAUGAAGCACAGACACACGGGGACUUGACCUGCUCACUCACCAUGUUGAGUGUUGUCUACAAUGAUCCCUUCAUUGUGUUUCCCUUCCGUUUGUAUGGUCUUGGAUUUGCUUUUGGUGAGGCAGUGUACCGCCGGCUACCCGUGGGGACGCUAUUUUUGGGCGAAACGAUAGCCCGAUGCUACAUCCUAGCCCACACCAUCCACAGGGCGUUCAAUGCCCAAUCAAAUGUAGCUCCUGCCGUCAUAGCCUUUGAUACCCUCAUACAUGACGGGUUCUCCUGUGCAUUUUUCCCUCCCGUGCUGGCCUAUCAUGUGUACAAAAUUUUCGAAUCCUUAAUGGGGGAUCUGGAAUUUCUGCCAAUGUUUUUCCGCAAGAAUGUACCAGCCGUCAUCAGCUUAGCAGCAGUGUGGUACACCUACCCCCAUUUUGACGAACUGGUCGAGAAAUUCAUGAACGAAACCAUCCGACAAGUCUAUUAAAUGCCAAAACUCACAAAAAAAAAAACAAGUUCCAUAUUUUAUUUUGAAGAAUUGUUAGUGAUUGAUCAGCUGCUGUUAAUUUUUAUGCUACAAUAGGAUAGUGUCUCGAUUACUUUAAUUA